AUGCGGAAGCAUUUACCGCUCUCUCCAAAUGACCCAGUACACGCAGUGUUGGUGGAUGCACAGCAACAAGUACAUCUGUCCGAGGCGUACCAACGCGCGCAGCUCUGCAGCCUUGACGCGACGUCCAGCCGCGUUUCUCGCCCUCUUCGGAAAAACCCGCUGCCGUCUUGGAGAGGCGAGUUCAAGGGCUAUUCCAGGAGGGCAGUUAAGGAGGCAGCUAAGCGCGGUACCUCCAGGAGCCUCAGCAACCCCUUCGCGAUGGGAGCUGGACUGUCGAGGACCCUGAGGACAAGCGAAGUUGACCACCCGAUGCACCAACUGGGCCUCCGACGUCUCCAAAGCAUCAUCGACGAUUUCACCAAGGAGGCAUGCGAGUCCAUCAAAUCACCCCGCCUGGUACUAAACGUACCCCGUGGCGUCUCGGUUUCCCAACGAGCAGCUCUUGGACAAGCUCCCACACCGGUCCGAGGUAUGGGAACGGAGCUAAUUGGCGGCCACCAGCCGAUCACCUUCGGCGAGGGGUUUCACCAAGGGAAGCAUCACAGGCUCGGCAACCUCGCAGGCUUCAUCGCCGUGGCGUUGUCGGAAAGUCGGAUUGUAGCGACAAAUACGGGUAGAGUGGCUAACAAACGGGUUACGUCUCACUCCAGGUACAAGGAACCAGAUUACAUCGACCCUUUACGCCGGGUCUUGGAUCGAGGCUCCAAAGGCUUGGAUAUGGUCAACUCUCCACUGGUGCGAGACUAUGUGCACGUCAAAUUCACCGGGACACUCCCCCACUGGACAUCGCGGAACCCAUUCCAGCCGAUUGUCAACGAAGGCCUCUACAAGUACGACGACUUCGAGACAUACGGGCUGUCGGAGAUCCUCUCGACUCCAGUCAAGCCGCCAACUGCAAAUCAGGAAGGCGAACACUCCCCUGCCCAGAAGCAAGGAUUCAUCUCCAUGACCUUCCUCUUGACGUUACCUUCUCAAGCACCGACUCCUCCAAUGCCUGUUCCUCCGGUACAGCCCGUGUCGGCAACAACCAACGCUCAGGCACCGGCCUGUCGGCAGAAGCCGACCAACCAGCGGAGAAUUCCACACAGCACCAUGCCUCCCGGGCUGCAGUUCUCGUUGGCGGGCAUCCAAGGAAAGCCACACACGUUCUACAAGGGCCUCCUGUGGCGGGAGAUACUGGAGUUUCGGAACGGUGUGCCCGCCCGCAGGCACAAGCCUCCGAAGCGGCAGGUUCCGAAGAACGAAGACAACACGAGGGCGGGUUCAGAGCAAUCUCUCUCAUCUCCUCGGAUCAGCCGUCCGGGGACUAGAAAUCGGUUCAAUCGAAUAGUGUCAACGUUUACGUGGAACGUCUUCUACGACACCUGGAAAUUCUUGGACACGCCGACCAUCGGUUGCAUCCUGGUCGCCUUCAUCUUUCGGGUGACAACUCUCGACGACAAGUUCUUCCUCUUCCACGCACGGUUCUUCUACGCCCUCAGCGCACCUCGGCUGUUCUCGAGGCUGCUCGUGCUCUCGCAGAUCGACGCCACUUUAGGACCGAUGACGCAGGUGAUAUGGAGAAUGAUGUCCCACACUCUGCGCUUUUCGGCUUUCAUUGCGAUGGUCAUGCUGAGCUUUGCGCUGGCGUUCCAUGCGGUGUUUCACACUUGCGGGGAGCACAUAGAGCCUCAGUGCACCUUCGAUGAUGAUGAUGCGUUCCCCAUUCGCGACGCCUUCGGGACGUUCGGAGAUUCGUUCGUGACGGUGUUCACCGACUGCAGAUGCAACCUGCCCGAGGGCGCGCGAAAUGCAGGGAUUUUCUUGUUGGUGGUCUACAUGGUCACCAUGACCGUGGUUUUGCUGAAACUUCUCAUCGCUGUGCUCAGCACCACCCACGGUAAAGUGUACGAUAACGCCGAAAAAGAGUUCCACCACGCGCGGGCGUGCUUCAUCUACCAGAGCGCGCGUGUUGUCUCUCGCUCUCGACCCCCGCCACCACUCAACUUGAUCAAGCUCGUCUGCGGCAUCCUGUUGGAUGCUGGGACCAUGUUGUGGAGGGCUGGCGCGUGGUUUAGACGCGGACGCUCCCAAGCCAAGAUGCUGAAACCCUUCUCAACAUCGCAUCAGCGGAAAACCCUUGAAGGUGGUCUGCAGAGGUUGGAGUUCGCCUUCACAUUCGGCGUUGCUGCUGUCGGGUUGUCUGCGAUCCUGUGGAUAGUGUCGGUGCCGUGGGUCGAUUCGUGCCUGCAUUGUUUAGUUCAUAAAGCGGGAGAAGCCGCAUCUUGGCUACUUCAGACGAUUUUUUCGGGAAUCAGAUCUAUGUUCUCUCUGUUGAUCGCGAUGGUAGCAGCCUCCUUUCUGUGUGUUCUGUAUGUUUUCGCGACCAUGAUUCUGUGGGCCGUUGGUAUCUGGAUGAUCGUCACCUGGGGCUUGGGAGCUUGCCAGCCUGCGGAAUCAAGGGCCCGCGCGAAUCGCGCCCAAGCCCACUUCCGCGUCGCUCCGCUUUUGAAGAGCAAGACAGGUUUGGACAUGAAGCACUUGGCGCAACUCACCAAGAACCGGGACGAUGAGUCCAACUCAGAGGCCAAGCUCAUCGAAGUCGACCAAAAGUUACCAUACUUCGCUAUCGACCUAGGGCACCUUCAGGCAUUGGCCAAAGAGAGGACUGAAAAAAAUUGA